UUUCCUGUGAAUAUAUUGUCAGAGACAACAGUUAAAGAUGUACAGGAUGGAAAAUUGAAAACUAGUGAAAUUGAAGGCAGCUCGUUGCAUCUUCCAGCCUUUGUAUUCUUACUUCCUGCUGCCUAAAUUCAUCAUGGAGGACAACCCUGAAAAUGUGUCUUCAGCGGCUGACAAUGCAACUGAGCAAACAACAGGUCCUGAUGAUUUGACUGAGCCACCUUGUACACCUAAUGAUGUGACUGAUCCAUUGGACAUUAGAGACGAAGAAGCGCUGAUGAGGACAAAGCCACAGCUGGGGCUGAGCAAUCUGCACUCUGGCUUGGUCAACAGAGAGGGUGAAGUGGAUGCCUGGCUUCAAGAGGAGCAAUCAAAUACCAAGCAGGUCAGUAACUUGGCAACCCAGCUGGAGAAAAUGCGCCUUGACAUGGAGCUCGCCAUGACCAGAUACCGUUACGAAGAUAAGGAGAAGCAGCGACAACAUGAGGAGAAAAUGGAGGAAAUGAGGUUGCAGUCACCAUCAGGACAGGUUUCAGGAGGUGGCCGUCAUUUUCUCUUACCACAUGAUCCACUUACUUUAUUCUUAUACUGUUUCAUCUUCAUACACCUCAUCUAUAUAGCAAAAGAGCUUAUCUUCUUUUUCUUUAAGAAGCAUGGGAUGUUUGCUAUUGGUGCUGUCCUAAUAUUUGCAAUUAAGAUAUUUUGGAAUUAGAGUUUUUGAUCCCUGAGGCUCUCUUUUCAUAAGAUCCUGACAGCAGCCAUGCCUUGCAUCUGAGCACUUCAUGGACUUAAUUGAAUGUAACCUUCUUAUCUCCUUAUCUGAUGAAUAGAAACUGUAAGCCCUUUCCUGCAAGAGCUUCGUCAGCUCUACACAGUACAUGUAUAUUCAGAUCUACUUUGUACAAUGCAAUAAUUAAAAAAUUGACAGAUA